ACUCACUUUCCGCUCGCGACUUUCACUCUCUCACACACUUUUUUACGCGACAACCUACCCCAACCAGUUCCCAAAUCCCCACGCGUCUUCACUAGCAUCUCAAGAAUGGGCGACAACAACAAGGAUCUGGAAGAUCUUGCAAAGUCCACCACUGAGGACUUCUACGAGUUGCUUGGUGUGGCCUUCGAUGCGCCGGAAGCUACGAUCAAGAAGGCUUACCGUAAGGCCUCAAUACGAUACCAUCCCGACAAGAACCCCGACAAUAAAGAUGCCGCCGACCGCUUCAUUUACCUCGGAUGGGCACGCGAUAUCCUCAUUGAUGAGAAACUCAAGGGCGAAUAUGACCGUGCGCGUACUAGGCGACGGGAGAAGGCGCUGCAGGAUGAGCUAUUGGAUGGCCGGCGGCGCAAGAUGAAGGAUGACUUGGAGAGAAGAGAACGAGAGGUGCCCAACCUGAAGAGGAAGAGGGCAGAACAGAUGAACGAGGCAGAGAGGAGGGAGCAAGAGAUACAAAGACUAGCCGAAGAUGGUAAGAGGCGGAGAAAGGAACUCCAAGAACGUAGGGAAAGGGAACGCAAAGAAGAGGCUGAGGCGAGCUUCAUGGAUGUCGAAAAGAGCCCCGAGCCGCAAGCGCCCAAGCCCGGAGAGUCGGCCGAGAUCGAUCGCACAGUCAAGGUUCAGUUUCAGCGAGAAGGCGAGACUGCAGCUUGGGACAAGGACAAGAUAUCGAGUAUGUUUGCGAAAUACGGCAAGAUUGACAUUAUAAUCAUGGGCAAAGACAAGAAGAUUCGACCUUCAGGAGAAAAGCAUCGCAAGACCAUCGCUAUUGUGUUCAUCACGUACACGCGUCUUGACCAUGCGCAUGCCGCUGUCUUGGACGGGAAGUCCGACUACCCGUCAUUGGAAUCUAUAUCUUGGGUGAAUGGCGAACCUGACCUCAAAUCGCAAACCACCAAUGAUGCGCCACCAGCACCGUCAACGCCCCUAUCCACGCCGAAGAGCAAGUCUUUCAGAACAUCGUUUGGACCUGGUAUAGGGAAGGGUGUAGGAGGCACGCCAUCAGGAACACCAAAAUUCUCUUUUAGUCCGAAGACGCCAAGCUUAGAAGAGAUCACCAUGAUGAGAUUGAGGCAAGCAGAGAAGAAACGAUUGGAGGAGCAGAUACGCAAGCAGGAGGCUGCUGAGGAAGCCGCACUAUGACGAGACGAUUAGAUGAGUUGUUGUUUAGUUUUAAGAUACCCAUUGUUAGUGUAGUUUGCAUAUAGAUAGAGAAGCAAGAAGUCUACAGUGCUAAUAAUCUUCGUAAGUUUUCUUGUCAGAAGCUAAUGUAGGCUGUAAGGUAGGGCCUGUUGUGAAUAUUCCUUUAGAGCAAGAUACACCUUCCUGCUACAACAAGCAUGUUAAGACCUGUGUAGAUAUAGAUAGAGAAG